ACCGUGGCAACCAUGCAUCACCUCACCCUCCUUUUCUGGACAGUGGUCUGUGGAUCAUUAACAGGUUGGUUCAUUCCACUCAGUCUAAAUGUGGACCACCCUUCUAUGUUUGCUUGUGUUUUCUAUUUGAUAACUCAAUGUUUGGUUGGUUUGUUUUCUACAGGAACCAGCAGUCAGGUGACUGUGACUCAGACACCAGUAGUGUCCGUUACUCCAGGAACCACAGUCACGCUGACCUGUAAGACAAACCCAGCGGUUCAAAAUGGUUUUCAACUAAACUGGUACCAACAGAAACCUGGAGAAGCCCCCAAGCUCAUCAUAAAAUUAGCAGACGAACUUGUAUCACCAACACCAGCUCGGUUUAGUGGCAGUGGAAGCAGCACUGACUUCUCUCUGACCAUCAACGGCGCCCAGCGUGAAGAUGCAGCAGUUUAUCACUGUCAGAGUUACCAUAGUGGCAAUGUGUUCACACACCUGUCCCAGCCCAAGACGCCAAUCAGCCUGACUCAGGCCAGUCAGAGGAUGAAUCACCUCACCCUCCUUUUCUGGACAGUGGUCUGUGGAUCCUUAACAGGAACCAGCAGUCAGGUGACUGUGACUCAGACACCAGUAGUGUCCGUUGCUCCAGGAACCACAGUCACUCUGACCUGUAAAACAAACCGAGCGGUGUUCAUCGAUUCCUAUAUAUUCUGGUACCAACAGAAACCUGGAGAAGCCCCCAAGCUCAUCAUAAAAUUAGCAGACGAACUUGUAUCACCAACACCAGCUCGGUUUAGUGGCAGUGGAAGCAGCACUGACUUCUCUCUGACCAUCAACGGCGCCCAGCGUGAAGAUGCAGCAGUUUAUCACUGUCAGAGCUACCACUACCUAAACAGUGUCGAUGUGUUCACACAGUGAUUGA